AUGGCUUCAGAGUUUCCGCGCCUGGUAAGGGGAAUCACGGUCGAACGCUUAGACAAGUUCACUUCAAAAGACUUCUUUGCAGACGUGAACUUAUACUCUGCGUUGUACAAAAAACGCACUGACGACUUUGAGUAUGUCAAGCUUCGAGUUUACUCUGUUCCGAAUUUAAAGCGUAUUCCCUUUGACGAGGCCAUUAAGCAAAAAUUUCGACCAACGAGUGUCGGCAAUUCUAAUUGGGUUAACGAAGAAGUGCAAUUUUUAUGGAAUGCUGACAACGAGGGAUUAGUAUGGACUACAGAUGGCGUACCACUGCAAGGACUUACUGGUGGUGGCGGAAAUGAUCGUCGUGUCGAAUACAUUCUUACAACACGCUCAAAAGGAGGUGAAAAAUUUGAAUUCUAUAUUGAAAUGGCAUGUAAUGGAAUGUUUGGAGUCGGCGACAAUGGUCUCAUUAAUGCGCCCGAUCCGCGAAAAUAUUAUAGUAUUCGUGAGGCAGCGUUAGCUAUACCCAAUAAAGCAGCAUGGGAGCUAUGGUAUGAUUUUCAAAUUAUCCGCGGAAUGGCCAAAGAUAUGCCACGGGAAUCGGUACGCGCCGCACAAGCACUUUAUGCCGCAAAUGAGAUUGUGAAUGCUUUUCAGCCGCAAGAUGAUCAUUCUAUCCACGAUGGAAUUGAAAUUGCUAAAGAUUUUUUGAAGAAUAAGAAUGGGAGUACGCAGCAUCAGUUGACUGCUGUUGGCCAUUGUCAUAUUGAUACUGCUUGGCUAUGGCCCUUUGAUGAGACAAAACGUAAGGUUGCACGUAGUUGGUCGACUCAGGUUGACUUAAUGGAUCGGUAUCCUGAAUUCAAAUUUGUGUGUUCGCAGGCGCAACAAUUUGAGUGGUUAAAAGAAUACUACCCAAAAUUAUUUUAUAAAGUACAAGAAAAAGCUAAAAAAGAACAAUUUUUACCGAUUGGAGGAGUAAGUAACGUGAAUUUUUAG